CGGUGCCGCGAGAGAAAGGUCUUCGCCGAGCUCUCUCCCGGAGUUGCUGAGAGAGAGUGGUGCGGUCUUAUGAAUUUCUAGCUUUACACGAGAUGUUAAUUACUGUAUUUUCCAUGGUUCGUAUAGUCAUUAGUACAGAGGCCUGAAUUGCUUAUAGUGCGUAUCGAUUCAUUAAGCUAAUGGUUUUUGUUGUCAGUGUUUUGAAUAACGAGUGUGUGUGACAAAGAAUCAGGUUUAACAUAAACUUUUGUUUACAAACGAGCUGGUAGUGAAUCCCGAAAGCACAUUUAAAUGAGCAAGCAAAACAGCCAUAUAUAUCUUCACAGCUUCUGCGGACAGUGAAAAAAAAUGCAUUUUUGCGCAAAUGUGAGAAGAGUGAUGUGGGAAAACCCCAGUGGAAUUACACGUGAAAAUCGCAUGUAGCUAAAGCCUUAAUUACACACAUUACCUUGUUAUCUGCAUACUGGAUUUAGAUACACGGAACAAGGAAGACCACGUUCACGGGAAUCUGCAAAAGAACUCAUGACUUCAGCACCACUAUUCAUGUAAUUGGGAUGCUUGAGAGUGUCUCUGCCGUGUCACAGGGUAUGACAUGAGAACAAGAGCUUCGGCAACGCCUGUCAUCAGCGGAAAGGGAACCGUAAGCUUAUGAACCGCGAUUCAUGUGAAACUGCAGCAUGAGUUACGCAUCCUUUUACACAAGCGAAAGAUGCAGGCAUUCGUGGCCUUUCUUAGUUGUGACUUCCUAGAUGCCUAACUCAGACCUCAGAGACGCGACCCAUGAAUCAAAGUGCCAAAUGAAGUUGAAGACGACUCUCAGGCGUCACCCGUGGCGUCGGCGCAAGGUUAUCCCGUCGCCUCACGACCUGGGCUACAGCCGCGACGCCGGCCAUCUCGUCGCCGCCCGCCUCCACGGCUUCUCCCACGCCAACGCCAUCCCCCCCAAGAUUGACCCCGCCGUCUACAACGAGCUGGUGACCCCGAAGGACCCCGACAUCGGCAUGGAGACUCCGGACUUGGGCCAGAUCCUCUACACGACCAGGCCGUACGUCGUGGUGUGCCCCUCCAGCGACGAGGACGACGACGAUGAGUUUGGCGAGGUGCGACAGGUUCCCAUCAGCCUGUACUACGACGCGUACGGCGACGUGAUCGAGGACGACGUGUGGGCUCACCUCGGCUCCUCCGCCGGCCGCGACGUCUUUUACGACGACGACUCUGACGACGACGACGAAGACUACGGGGCAAGGGCGGGGGGUGGGGCGAGGGACCGCCGGGGGGACGAAGGCGAGAGGGACAAGCGAUACCGCAGGGAGGGCGAGUUCAGCGGGAUGAGCGAGAAGGAAAAGGAGGCGUUCAGGGAGGCCAUGGAAUACUACUGGCUUGAAAAAGACGUCAUGGAAUUCAGUGACUCGGAAGGAAGGCUGGCGGAGAAGAUGAAUAAAGCAGUGAAUAAUAGCGAAGAGACACUGCUGGGGAGAUCAGAUAGUGAGAGGCCGUUACCCGCUCGCGGUGGGGGUGGGCGGGGCAUGUGGCCACCUGCAGGGCGGAGCCUGAGCAGCGAGCACCCGCAUGGCUCCUCCCAUGAGUCCCAGGUGACACUCGACGACACCACCUGCUUCAUUGAUCCCCAGGACAUGAUAUGGGCCUCAAUGUGUGCAAUGUACCCGAGUGUUGCGUGGAAUAGCGUGGGCGUGCGGGGCGGGGCGGCAGACGGAGCCGGGGUAGAAGCGGCUAAGAAUCAUCAGUCUGCUAGUACCUGUGUUGCCGCCCGCGCGCCUCGUACACCUGCCGUGCCCUACGCUUAUACGGCCUCCGCCAGGCGCCGCUCGCGUGUCAGAAAUGAGCAGAGGCCUUACGCUCCGAAGAACACCUCGGAUGACUUGAAAGUUUGGACAAGAAAAUCCCGCCGAAGCGAGUGUGAAGUGACGAGCGAGAGCAUGCCCAGUAUGCCCAGCAUGGAUCAGCUGUUUGUGAGGCGAGGCCGUAAUGAAGGUAGGGAGCCUUCGCCGCAACCACAGCACGGUCCUACAGCCGCGGGCGCCACGCUCCCAGGCCACCCCACCCCCCACACGCCCCUCACGCGGAUAGACUAUGACAACCUGGCACCGGACUGGCACAAGCACAUGAGCUGGGAGGAACUUCGGCGUCCGAGCACCUUCAACGGGGUGGACGGCCUCAUGGGGCAGGUGCCCCACGCCAGCGAGUCCUCCCUGGCCACCGACAGCUCCGGCCACCCUCACAUACGCCACCACCUGACCGAAGGCGUUCGACGGUCAAGUGUAGGGGUUGUAGGGAGGCGUGGCGAGGGGGCGUGGCGUGGAGGGCCUCGUGGCCAGGCGAGCGUAACAUGUGGAGCACUGGGCCAGGCGGGACCCGGACCACCAGUCUCCACGCGCGCUCUGCCACGUGCACACACGCGCUCACGAACCACGCGCUCUAACAGUGUUACCGGUGAUUCAAGUGUUAACAGUGAAACGGACCGUGUUAGUAAGACGAGGAAUACGAGGAGUGGUAGUGUGACAAGUGUACAAGUGAGCCUUGGUGACGGUGAAUCAUGGCCCUCCCUCCGGGAUGGUGUGUGUGACGGAGAGUGUACGUGUGCCAUGCCCUGCAAAGUGUCGGGCAUUCCUGUAUACCAGGGGCGAGGGGGGGACCCUCCCCGGAACCCCAGGGAAGAUGUGCCUCCUGCGGCUCCUACAGGAGGAGCUAGCGGGCGAGGUCGCGGCAACGGCCGCCGCGCUGGGAGCAAUAACAAACCUUCUCCUUCUUCAUCAAAUCGCUCCCCAGCUUUCAUGGGGCGCCGUGGCAGCUUCGGAGCCCCCGGGACAUCCCGAGGCAGUGUCACGCAAGAGAGGGAAGUGGAUUUACCUCGCCGGGCAUCCCUGCCGGGCCCGGGAGUCGGCGCCCCCGUGCACUGCAGCACCUCAGACGACUCGUUAAAGACCGGGAGUGCUUCCGGCCUGUCCUCACACCGAGCACGGUCCUCGCCGUCCCCCAUCCCGCGCUCCCCAGCAAGGGGAGCAUCUCCGGGCCUAGGGGCACGAGCGCCGUCGCCAGUCGGGCCAGGGAGAACUCCCACGUCGACGCGACGGCGGGAGUCCUUAGGGGACACACGAACUCCACCCGCGACGCCCCUCGCCCGCCGCCCGCCACCACGGGCGGUAUACCAGGUGAGGAUCUCCCCUGGCGCCUCCGGGCGUGACACUGCGUCGGCACACAAGGAAAAGUCAUCUUCUAAGCUCCCUGUCAUGUCCAGUAAAAGCGGCAAGGCCGACCCUCCCCAGACUAGCCAUCGAAGCUUUCCGCCGCGCCCGGCGAGCGGCAGGGCAGCAACAGCAAGUCUCCGUGGAGGAAAAGAAACUCCCAGAGACAAGGCGAGUAAUGAAGAGAGUAACAGGGGCGCGGGUCAGCUGGGCCACAGCUCUUUGAAACUUGACACCCCGCCCAAAGCGCUGUCCCUUUCGCUGUCUGUAAGUUCCCCGGAAUCUCCUGAAACGAAAGACAGCACAAACGGCGGCGGCGAUACGUCCCUCAACCUUAGCAGCGUGUCAGGGACGGCGGUCACGGACAGUGAUGCAACACCCGAUCGACACAGAGAACCGCCGAGCAGAGUGCCGCCCGCCCGGACUGGCUCGGUGUCUAUGCUGCCCAAAUCGUCUUCUUACGGGGAAAAACUAUCAGGACUGGCAAGAUCGGGAAAUAAUCGACUAACUGCUUCGUCCUCGAGACUCUCACCUGUCAGGCGCGGAAGUACUGACGCCGCGAAGUCGAGUGAAACGAGGCUGGAUCACACCCUGAGUGCCAGCUCUUCAAAUAUCAACACAAAACCAGCCGUAACUCGUACGUUCUCGGGUCCGAAGAGUUCUUUAGUGUCGAACGAUGGAGCAAGCAGGGCCAGGAUCGUCAGGAGGGUCAUGAGUGGCAGUCGAACGAAUCUCAGUAAGAAGAAAUCCAAUUCGAAAACGUCUUUGGUGGUGGGUCGUCAUAACAUGUAUAAUCGCAGCAAAUCAGGCUCCAAGAACUCUCUCCUUGGUUCUCGAAACAACCUAUUCCGCGCGAGUCUCGAUUCCCAGAGGACAGAGAGCACCACAGAUUCGGGAUGCAAUUCCCCCCUGUACGGCAGCCAGUGCUCGCUCGACGGCGAACGGAAGCGGCACAAUUCCUCCCCUUCUCAGAACCUCCACAAAACGGCCGGUUCCUUCAAUUCUCGACAGUCCAAGUUCGACACAAGGAUGAACAGGAGAGUGAUAAAAAAGAAGGAAAUCGGAAGCAGUAGCAACAGAGUCACACCUACAUCGCCACCGAGAGGGACACCUGAUCCAGUCCCCGCCGUCAGUCCUGAACCAGAUCAGAAAACCACAAUCACAAAACCUGCACCUGUAGAAAAGGAUAUGGGGGCCGAGAAGGACGUAUACAAGCCAGUCUCGGAGAGGGAACAGUGCAAGGCAGAUCCCGUGCACGAGGUGAAAAUCGUCCACACGCAUUCCAUGAGUAGCAGCCAAUUAGUCGACAGAAUGGAAAAGCCACCCGUGUCUGUCAGAAGAUCGUACAGCCUCCAGCUCCCUCGAGCUCGUCCAGCUCCUCUCCCCAAACCGACAACGUGUGAGCUCCGUAGUAAGGAUGACACGAGGAUACGCACUAACGAGGACAGCGUCGAAGAUGAGGGAAAAGAGAACCGACCCUUACCGGGCAUUAAUGUCUCGUUUCGCUCUGUCUCAUCACGCCCCCCUGACCAUUCUAGCAGCCAGAGAAUCCACUCUGGAAACAAUGAGGCGGAAACUGUGACUCGUGAUAAAAAGGAAAUAACCAAGGUUGCCAUAGUGGCUGAACCAAAAACCAGGGAAGAGAAAGGAAUUCAAGUGGAAGCCUCCAGUAGUGAAGAGGAGGAGGAUGAAGACGAUGAAGAGGACGAGGAGGAGGAGGAUAAAUAUGACUUAGACGAGGAGGCGGAGCGGGAAGGGGUUCGAGAGAGCCGCGGUGAGGCAGGUAGUCAGCCGGGCAAAGAUGAGGUAAUGCCGGCCACUAAACCUCAGGUAGGGUAUGAGGGUCUAAGGAAUCUUCAGCGGCCCUUACCUGGCCCAUUGAGCGAGAAGGAAGAAAGGAGCCGUCAGUCUACUGCUGACAAAGUGAGGAAGAACACCGUCGUCCAUAUAUCGGGUGAGCCGGAGGAUAACAAGCUCAGAGUGACAGAGAAAAAAGAGUGUCCGAGUGAAUAUGAGGAGAAUCGAAAUAAUGAAAAGGUGAUUCUCAAUGAAGAUGAUAACAACCAUUUGAUACAGCGUUUAGAAACCUCCCUCGCAGAUAUCAUCGACUCUGCUGUGCUUAAGAACCUGAAGAUAAAUGGGAAUAUAUUAACAGAUCAGUUCGAUGCCAUCAUCGCCACGCUGAAGAAGGUGGCGGCGUCGGUUGACUCGGGGGAGUCGGAGGCUCUUCCCCUGAGUCACAGGAAUUCCGAGUGCGGUGUGAAGGGGCCUCCCAAGACCCCCGUGUCCCCCUUGACCCCCCUCACCCCGACGUCCAUCUCGUCCUCCUCCUCGUCGUCCAUGAGCCCCAUGUGCCCCUCCACCCCCCGGACCCCCACGUCGAAGGCCCCCCUCUCGCUGCUGUCGAUCAACGAGUGCUAUCCCGGCCAGAUGACCACGCCCCCGGCCCUGCCAAGGAGCAGGAAGUUGUCUCUGCCGAGGGACACGCUCCAGGAUCACUCGCCGACUCUAGCGGAGCUGGCUCGUCGCCUACAUGCUAAUCCUAAUCACCUGAAGGCUGAUCAGGAUUAUGUGGAUUUCAUGGAUCUGGAUCAGCCAUACGUUACUCCCCCGCCCACAGGGCCCAGCACGAGCGAUCUCAUCAGAGGCGAUCCGACACCUAAAAGUUUCGGCAGGAAAAACAGCACCGGGUCUCUGGGUCUCUCCUCGUGCGCUUCCCUUCUGGAGGAUAAUUCCUACUACAACGGCGGACCCACAACGACGGCCAGUGUGACGAACCUGAACUCCUCCGAGGAUUACGCUAAUGUUUUCGGGUCACAGCAGAGCGCCUUCCGGAAGGUCCACAGCACCUCCAACGUGAACGGCAGCGCCUCAGGUGGCUCGCACCGACUCUUCCAGCGCCACCUGUCGUUCGGUGGCCCCGACGACAUGCAUACCGACAACAGGCUCAGGAAGAGUCUGUCAAAGAGUCGGGAGUUACUGAGCCAACUGGAAAAUGAAUACAAGAAGAUCAAGGGCGACGAAAAUAAAAGUGCUCGGAAUUCCCUCGUCAUCGACCAGAGUUGGCUGGACAAAGAUUUCGAUGAGCUCCUCCAGACCUUAUCGAAUGACAAGACGAUCCAGUCCGAUCCUCACGAAGCCUUAGCUUUCCUGACUAACAACAACAACAACAAUGCCAACGCCACAUCCUCCUCAGUCACAUCCUCCGUGAGAAACGACAAAUGGAAGGCCUCGAAGAAGGACAUGCCUCCACUGCCGUCAGCGGACAGCCCUCGGACCAAGCGCCAGCACGGGCAGGCGGGGUCCGAGGGGCGUCAUAUCUUUUCGUUCUUCCAGAAGAAAGGCCGGAGCCAAAGUCUCUCCGGCACGGAAGCGAUCAAGAUAGUCUUGCCCGUCACCCCUGAAGACGGUCCCCAGGGGGGCCAUCAGGACAGGGCAGCUUACUGGCCCCAGGGAGUUCACCAUCACGAAGGGACGGCCCCGGGGUCACGCAGGGUGACCUACGAGAGCGCGACCUUGGAUCGUCCCGGGCGAUCCAACCGAAGUAACAGCAUCCCUUCGGGGGCGCCGCAGGCCUCCGCCGGGAAUGCGUUACCGCUUGACCUCGUAGGAAUCCUCAGGAAAGGUAGAAGCAAAUCCUUGUCGAAGGCUGCCAGCAAGGAGGGCCAGCCAGAGGACUAUGUGGUGGAGAACGGCGAAGAGGGCGGUGGAGAAGACAGCCAGCUGGGGGAGGGGGAGGAUGAGCCAGCUAAACAAAUGCGGUCACUCUCCCUGCCCAAGUCCUUCCUCUCGGAUAAAUACGGUCUCACCGGGUUCAAGGCCGCCCUGCCAAGCGUGAUCUUCCCGUGGCGGCGCGGAGAGCAGAGCCGAAGCUCCGGCCGCAGCAGCCCUGCCCCGUACGACGCGGGCGGCCACUCCCCCGCCUCGUCGCCCUACGCCUCCCAGUGCCCGUCUGGAGCCCUGCACGAGGAAGCCCACAAUGGCCCCUACGACGGCGCGCCCGACCCCAGGCAGAAGGAGGGCGUGUGGCGCAGGAGCCGUGGCCCCGGAGUGUCCCGUAACACCAGGAGGGAGAAGGCGUCCAGUUCUCCCGUCUUCAGAAGGGCGUCGCUCAGUCACUCAGAGUGGGAUAUCAGAAGACCGUGGUCGCAUGUUUAUAGCGAACGUGAGGCAGCCAAGCUGAGCCAGUCAGUAUGUCGCCUGGCCAUGACGUCGGCAGAGGAUGGAGGGCCGGUGGAGGGCGUGGCGGAGGGCGAGGAAGGGCCCCGCUCGCUGCCCUACAUGUCCUCCUCUGCCCAGGCGUCCCCGGAGGGAAUGUUCCAAAAGUUCAAGAAAUCUUUGUCGCUCCGCUUGGCCAAGAAGGGGAGCCGCAGCGAGUCGCCGGGGCCGGGGCCGGGGUCGCAGUCUGCCCCCGUGGGCCCCGUGCCCGCCGAGCCCGCCCAGCCCGCCCAUCUGGAUUCGCAGACGCUUCCCAGGAGGCGCGGCUCCGUCAGCAGAGAGGACGACACCAAGUCCAGCUUCCUGUUUGGGCAUCCGCUCUUCAGGUCGAGCAAGGAGAGGCGGCGGGCGAGGCUGAAGGAUGCGAGGUCCUCCAAGUGCAACUCGGGAGACUCCGGCGACUCAGGCAUCGAGCUGGUGACCGGUCCGGGUCCCGUGACCGCGCUGGACAUGACGUCACACGGACCGGACGUCGACAGCAACAACUACGUGGAUCCUGCGUUUGUGGCGAGCUUGGCAGAUGAUGGAUCAAGCGGGCUGAGAGAAGUGAACCCACGGGCGGUCCGUCGCACACACAGCGACGUGGGCGGCGCUGGAGGGCGUGGCUCGCUGCAUUACUCGCGUCAGCUCUCCACCCCGCAACCCAUCAAGAUAAGGCCCGCCCACAGAUUGCCUCAACACACUGCAUCCUUGAACAGAUCCAAGAGUCUGAAGAGAAGUAAAGGCUCCUCCCAUUUGCGUCGCUCCAUUAGUCAACCCUUAGAUUUAGACAAGGCCUACGAUACCCCCGUGUCGACCCUUCGCAAAUGCAGGAGCCCGACGAACACCCCCAGGAGACGGCAGCGAAGACCCUCGGCCGGCAACAUCCUCAACGAAGACAACACGACUUCUGAAGAUGAGAUUGGAAUGUCCGACUCUGAAGAUUUUAGAACCGAUUUGAAGAGAAGUCUGGAAGAGGAUGACGAUAUGAUCAUAUAUGCCGAAGCUCUGUGGGACCAUGUCACCCUUGACUGCGAGGAGUUAGUGUUCAAAGCGGGUGACCUUAUCACUGUGAUAGAUUCGAGCGACAAGGACUGGUGGUGGGGACGGAUCAGCCAUCGAGCAGGGUGGUUCCCGGCGGCGUUUGUCAGGUUACUAGUGAACCAGGAAGAGCACCAAGAUACGUCAGGCCACCAGGACACGUCAGCUCGAGGACCAGCACGGAAGCUCAGUAUCUCUGGGUUAUCUCACGACCAAAUUCGCACUAACGUCAUUAAUGAAAUCAUUUCGACAGAGCGGGACUUCGUGAAACAUUUGCGAGACGUCGUCGAGGGAUACCUCAGACAAGUCCGUAAAAGGCCCGACAUGUUCACCGACGAGCGAGUGUCGACGAUCUUCGGCAACAUGGAGGCGCUGUACCACUUCCAGAGUAACUUCCUAAGAGAACUUGAAAUGUGCAUCGACUGGCAAGAGCCUUUCAAGUCUUGCAUCGGUGCGACCUUCAUACGUAACAGAGAGAAAUUUGAGAUCUACAGUGAAUACUGUAAUAACCACCCUUCGGCAGUAUCAUCUUUACAAGAGCUUUACCAAGAUCAGAAGUAUGUACACUUCUUUGAGGCAUGCAGACUACUUCAGGAAAUGAUUGACAUUUCUCUCGAUGGAUUUCUCUUAACGCCAGUUCAAAAGAUCUGCAAAUAUCCUCUUCAACUUCAAGAAUUGUUAAAGUAUACAAAGCCUGACCAUCCUGACUACACCAGUGUCCAAGGGGCCUUAGAGGCUAUGCGAGAUGUGGCUCUCUUAGUGAACGAAAGAAAACGGAGAAUGGAAUGCUUAGAGAAGAUUGCGUCUUGGCAGAUCACAGUGGAAGGUUGGGAGGGACCGGAGCUCCUUGAGGACAGUUCACAGCUGAUCUACCAAGGAGAAGUUACCAAAGGAGUUGGUGGAUCCUGGCCAAAGGAAGUUACCUUAUUCCUCUUUGAUCAUCAGCUUGUGUACUGCAAGCGGGACCUCCUCAAGCGGAACACCUUUGUUUACAGAGGGAGACUCAAUCUCGAUAAUUGUGAGAUUGUUGAUCUCCCUGAUGGGAAGGACUCCAGCCUCAACAUCAAUGUACAUAAUGGAUGGAAGAUUCAUAGCUUUGAGAAGAAUAAGUGGUAUGUUUUCUCUUGCAAAACUACUGCAGAAAAACAGAAAUGGAUGGAGGCAUUCAAACGAGAACGGGAACUAGUAGCAGAAGAUGAAUCAGCAGGAUUUGUAGUAGCAGACAAAGCAAAACACUUGGCAAAAGUUGCAGCUCGCAACCAAAAGAAUAGGCCAAAGAGACCUCGAACCACCAAAUCGCACAAGCGUGUACAAGCCAUGACAUACGCUCAGGCUGAACUUCUAGUCAAUGUUGAUCCUGAAGUACGCUCCAAUAGCCUCCCUUCUGGUAUUGAGCCACCUGAAGGCAAGAAGAAAGGUCUGUGGUUCAGCUUUGGAGGUCACAAGAAAGGACGAGGCUCAGGAAGAACUCUCAGCCAGAUCCAGCACCACCCUGUGUGAGAGACAUCUUUACUCUAAGCAGUGUAAAGUCUUGUCAAGAAAGCUUGAGGAAAUCUGCUUUGACUUGAAGUUGAAUAAUCUGGUUUACUGAUAACACAUCAUCUACAAAUUGGCAGUUUUAGAUGACACAAAUUUUGAGUUACAAACCCAGUAAGGAAGGGUAAAAAAUGAAAAUAAUACUCAUUGGCAUUUAUUUAUCUAAGAUAGUGCACUGAUGAUGCUGUUCCUCUGUGCAUUAUUCAGAUGAUUAUGACCAAUGAACUUAUUCAAGGUACAGUGACAUAAUCCAGAUUUAACCUCCUUAACAAAUAAGGCUUCUUGCUGUGGAAAAAUAUACUGCUAGGAGCUGUAAUAGGAGGAAUCUAGUCACAUUCAGUUUGCUGUCACAAAUCUGGGAGGCAGGGAUGCAAGUUGAUGGUGAGGAUGUAUUCAGAUAAUGAAGGUGAUAAUUCCUUAAACAUAUCCCUAAUUUAUUUAUCUAUAAGGUGAUCAUAUCAGAGUAUAACCAUCACCUGCAGGCUUAGGUGAUAAACUUUCUUCCAGUUGUGUUUUUGAUGUUGUCAGAUGUUAAAUAACUGGCUGUUUGUUGUCACUGGAGAAAAAGUAAUGAAGUGCCAUUAUUUUUAUUAAUUAUCAUUAUUAUUAUCAUUAUAAUUAUUAAUUAUUGUUAUUAUUAUUUUAACAGUUAAUUUGGCUGUAACACUUUACAAGUGCUUUUCAUUAUUUUCAAUUUUAGUUCAUUUACACAAGACUAAAAUAUCUUAAUAUGACCUCCAAUGGAGAUAAAAUAGCUUUACUUAGUAGUCAGUAAAAUAUAUUAAAAGCAACCUUGUCUAUCACCUGUAUCUAUAAUUUCUCAGAUUCUGUUACUGAAAGUAUUUGAUGUUGCAUCAGAAUAAAAAUUGUGAUAAAAGAGUAUGUAGUAAUGCCACAUUCAUCAUUAUGACGCACAUGAAUUUUCUUUGUCAGGAGAUGUAGUCUUUCAGUUUGGCUAUCUAAAGUACAGCAUUAAUUAAAUUUCAGUGUUGAGCAAAAAAGUUGUCCUGUAAAGUGUGUAGCAGUAUGGUGUGUCAUGGUGUUAAUAUACCAAAUGGUUCAAGCAAGACAAAUUUGCUUUAUCCUUUACUGAUUUAAUGCUUGUAUAUAAUUUAACUUUGUUUUCUAUUAUAUAUUAUAGUUUAUCAUGUACAGUGAUAUAAAUAUAUGUAUUUGUUGUAAAAAUGUAUAUAGAGACCAAAAUAUGUUUCUUUGACUGAAA